CACACACACACACACACACACACACAGCCCACGAUGACGACGGCUGCACGACGAAGGCUGUUGAAGGACCUGAAGAACUUGCAGAGGGAUCCACCGCAAGGCAUCCUGGCCUCCCCAAACAGCCACAACCUCCUGCUGUGGUCUGCAGUCAUCUUUGGACCUCCACAAACCCCAUUUGAGGAUGGUGUGUUCAAGCUCACCAUCGAGUUCACAGAGGAGUACCCAAGCAAAGCACCCACCGUCAAAUUUGUCAACUGGAUCUUCCACCCCAACGUGUAUGCGAGUGGGGCCAUUUGCCUGGACAUCUUACAGAAUCGAUGGAGCUCAACAUACAACGUUGCCGGUAUCCUCACAUCCAUACAAUCUCUCCUCGACAACCCAAACCCAAACAGUCCCGCCAACAACGACGCAGCAACGCUGUAUGUGGAGGACACGGUUGCCUACGAGCGACGGGUGAGGGAGUGUGUGGAGGCGAGCUGGGUGGAUGAUCAUGCAAAGCUUCAACAGGAAGCGCAAUAAACGGACUUGUACGCAC